GAAAAUUAUCUUAUUGUUAGUUUCAAAUCCAUUGAUUGUAUCAACUGUUGUAAUUCUUUUGCAAUUCCUGUCUUAAACUCAACUACUGAAUAAAAGAAUCCUAAUAAAGGAAUUUCUGUUAUUGUAGAAUGAGUCAAGAAUCUGCCCACGGACAAGGCAACAAUAAUGAACACGUCAGUGUUCAUACGGAAGCAUCUAGCUUUACCCCUCCCGUCCAAAAUGAACCCGUCAAUCAACAAAAUGUUGGGAAUAACCCGAACGCUGAUGGUCAACCCGACCUUGUGAUUCCCACAUUCCUGGCAAAUGUAUUACAACAGAUAGCCAACGCACCAAUGUUUCAACAACCUCCACCACCGCCACCGCAAGUGAUAACCUACAAAACAUUAAGGGAUAACGGUGCAGAAUUAUUCCUUGGGGAUCGUAUCGGUGAACCCCAAAUUGCAUGGGACUGGAUCGAGCAGACUGCUCGAGUGUUGGAGGAUCUUAACGUACCCAUUGGCAACUAUCCCCAACUGGCGUCUCAGCUCCUUCACAAGGAAGCCUACGAGUGGUGGAAGAGGACCGAUGAGAGUGCAGGAACCCCUAAGCCAUGGACAUGGGCACAUUUCGAAUGGGCAUUCAAGCAAGAAUAUAUUCCAAAACAUUUUAGCGAAGAAAGACGUAAAGAAUUUGUCGAAUUGCAACAGGGAGACAUGACACUCCCCGACUAUCGUCAGAAGUUUACCAGUCUUGCUAAGUUUGCACCAACCUUGGUGAGUACCCCAACCGAUCGCAUCGAGAAGUUCAGGAAGAAACUUCAACCUGACCUCAGGUCGCGUGUGUCCGUCCUAACCACCGUGGAUUUCGCGGAGGCCUACGAUCUCAUAGCCAGGGCAGACAGCGACUUGAGUGCUUGCAUUGAGUAUCUGAAGACAAAUAAUGUCAGUUCAAGCACUCACCGUCCCAUCAGCUCUGUCUCAAAAGGAAAAAGGCCGUUCCAGGAAUCUAGCAAUUCACACAUCUCAAAGAAGGGGAAAUUAGUGCAGACGCACUCUGUGGCGUCAGAGAACAAAUCAAGAGGGUGGAAACACCCCUUGUGCGAUGCAUGUGGGAGACAUCAUCCAGGCGAUUGUUGGCUUGCCCAAGGAUUAUGUCUAGGUUGUGGCAAACCUGUCGAUGGGUGGAACUCCCCAUCGCUGUUUGGCAUGGUUCUGGAAACUGGUUUGGCUGAGGGGCCGCUUACCCAUCGAUGGGAAGAUCUUCCCAUCGCUGGGUGAGUGGUUAGUCAAGAACCCAUGGUUUUUGCCUUAACCACGGCCUAGCCAACCGAUGCGAAACCCGACCGAAAAAUUCAAAGUUCUCCAAAAUAAAAACCAAGUGUUUAA